GCCCCUUUAAACACAGCUCCGGACCAAUUGCUCCGGACGGUUGACGUCAUUUUAAUAACUGCGCAGCAGUGCACCGGAAGGAAGUGGGUGUUAGCUGACUGACGUUAGCAAGCUACAAUUACGAAGUUUGCUGUGGGUUCUAUGGAAGAGAUGUCAGGAGAGAGCGUGGUGAGCUCGCCAGUGCCGGCAGCUACAACCCGGACUACGUCCUUCAAAAGCUCCAGCCCCAGCUCAAAAUAUGUGAAGUUGAAUGUGGGUGGAGCACUGUACUACACUACAAUGCAGACACUAACUAAACAGGACACAAUGCUCAAAGCAAUGUUCAGUGGGAGAAUGGAGGUCCUCACAGAUAGUGAAGGUUGGAUCUUGAUUGAUCGGUGUGGGAAACAUUUUGGAACAAUCCUUAACUACCUUAGAGAUGGCGCAGUCCCACUCCCAGACAGUCGACGGGAAACCGAGGAGCUCCUCGCUGAGGCCAAGUAUUAUCUUGUCCAAGGACUUGCCGAUGAAUGCACAGCUGCCUUGCAGAACAAGGAAACAUAUGAACCCCUUUGUAAAGUGCCUCUGAUGACGUCAUCCAAAGAGGAGCAGAGGCUGAUUGCUACCUCAAAUAAGCCAACAGUCAAACUGCUGUAUAACAGAAGCAACAACAAGUAUUCAUACACCAGCAAUUCUGAUGACAACAUGCUAAAAAAUAUUGAGCUUUUUGACAAAUUGUCGUUGCGGUUCAAUGGGCGAGUGCUCUUCAUCAAAGACGUGAUUGGGGAUGAGAUCUGUUGCUGGUCUUUUUAUGGGCAGGGGCGUAAAAUUGCUGAAGUGUGUUGCACUUCCAUUGUUUAUGCCACUGAAAAGAAGCAGACAAAGGUUGAAUUCCCAGAGGCUCGAAUCUAUGAGGAGACCCUCAACAUCCUUUUGUAUGAGUCCCAUGAUGGCAGAGGUCCAGACAAUGCUCUGUUAGAGGCCACAGGGGGUCCUGCAUGGCGAUCUAACCACCUGGAUGAGGAUGAGGAGCGAGAACGAAUUGAGCGCGUCCGUAGGAUUCAUAUCAAACGACCUGAUGACCGUACACACCACCACCAGUGAUUCUCAACUUUGACCAGUCAACCUGUGAUCCCAGACAGUAUUUGCACCAUGCUUGUGCCUUACAACACCCAGCGCCUCUUUCAUUUACUUCCCUCAUAUUUUACCAGCAUCCCCCAGAGGAUUAUAAUGACAUGAGUGUCAUACAGCGGUGUGUAGUGGUGAAGUGGUUGUGUGCAGUCCAGUUUUUUUGUUUUGUUUCCCCCCCUCUUUGUCAUCUCGUUUUUUGUCUCUUCUUGUUGGUCAUGAUAACUUGUAUCACUGUUUUCUGCUACUGUGUAGAAGAUCAUAAACAUGGAUGUUUGCAUUCAUCACUGAGUGUGUAGCAGGAAGAAAAUAGCAUAUUACCGGUGUAAAGCUGUUAUUGGAUGUCCUAAUUAAAUUACAUGCAGAAGACGAGUUAUGUCAUGGAAGCAGCUAGUAAUGUAGAUAGUUUAGUUUUUCUUUGCCUUGGUUCCGACAGGUCCAUUUUAAAGUCUCAAGUGAAUGAACCGGGUGUUGUACUUAAUGAGGUCACACGGUGGCACUGUUUUACUCUUAGAUGAUAUUAACCAAGGCUAUAAUGUAGCCUGUCUAUAAUUGCAAUGAAGGCUUUCUAAUCCUGAAUAUUUUCUUAAUAUAUUUAGACAGUAAAAAUUACAGGUGGAUGAAGCAGUAUUCCCUGUAAUACUUCUGCCGUAUUUAGUUCUAACAUUGACGCAGUUUCCCUUCACUCCACUAAACAAAUCAUUAUUUUCAGUGGAGGGAACUUGAGCUGUGACCUGAGGUGUUAAAUGUACUGGGCUGAUUGAAUGAUGGAUGCUGAGGUUGAUGUGAAUGACUGUAACUAGAUAUCGCUCUAGCAGGAAGGGAACCCUGUCUACAAGCUUAUAACAGGGAUAGAAAUUAGACCUGUCCUUCAUCAUUGCAUUCAUCACAGAAUGUACCGUUUGCACACUAUAGGUUUAAGUUAUAUGUUAACAAUCACAGUACUUGUAGGUCUGUUGUACAGAAGUAAACAUAAAUGUAUGUUUUAUAUUUAUACACACUUUAUCACAAAUAAAUUUCUACAGACAUUC